UAUCUAUAGUACAGAUCUCUCCGUCUCUACUCUGUUGUCAACGGAAAAAGAAAAUAUGGGGAAAAUUAACAGUUGUCUAAAGGCUAUUUUCGUCUCCUUUAAUAUCUUGUUUGCGUUGUGUGGGGCUUUACUGAUCUACGGUUUAGUAGCAACUAAUAUGGAUGUUGAGAUGAGAGCAAUGGAAACACCGGGGACACUCUUGGUUUGGGUGUUUGCCAUUGCCAUGCUGGGGAUCUCGUUGCUGGGCAGCAUUGCUGCACAUACUGAGAAAAAAGCCUGCCUAAAAGUUUUUGCAGGUUUCAUGGCAAUUGGAAUGAUCAUCAUGCUAAUCUUUGGAAUUACUACCGCUUCUUCCACAAAACAGUUGAAAGAAAACUUGAAAAGUGAUGAAGUUGCAAAGAUUUUCAUGGAGGAUCGUCAAACGCUUAAGGAAAUGGAAAAAAGUAUGCAGUGCUGUGGAUGGACUGGUUUCAAGGAAUAUUCAGAUAUCCCUUACUCUUGUAGCUGCAUAUCAUCAUCAAACACAGAAUGUACCUCCAACCCCCAGCGAUAUAGAGGACCAUCAAACAUCUAUUCUCAGUCUUGCCGUGACGUCAUCAUAUAUUACGCUGAUAUUGGCAUCAAGAUGUUAUUAGGUGUCUAUUUUGGAUUCAGUGUUGUUGCGAUGUUUGGAUUGAUCAUCUCCCUCAACAUGGUUGGGCAGAUUAAUCGUCAUGACCGCUUUGGAGACACAACUAUUGCAAUGCGGGCUUUUUAACUUUAAUACCUCGAGAUUCCAAUCUGCAAACCAGAUUGGACUUACCUGGUUCAGUGGCUGAGCAGAUCAAAUACUUUGUAUAGAUAUGACUUGUUCACUCCAGACCCCGCCUCUCUGCUUUGGAAAGGAUUAAUGUGUAAUAAUGUGAUGUUAUUUCAGUUUAAAAGAUAUGUUUCUUUUCUUUGGUUUUUCAUUUUUACUAAGAUAAAGAGUUUGACAGACUGAACAGUCUAAUUGUAAGGGAAACUAUUGUGUUUAAUAAAAUUCAGCAUUCUGUAUUA